AUGAUCUCGACACUUGGUCAUAAAAUGACCGUGGAAUAUUUUGACAAUGCUCUUAACAAGUUUGAAACAAUCGAUCAAUCUUGUCGUGCAAUUUUUGAACAUUGUCAACAUCCAUCAUCACUCAAUGUUGUCGCUGAGAUGACUCAUCAUUUACAAGAUGUAAUAGAAAAACUUCAACUGGCAUCAUUAACAAUGAGUCAACCAUCAAGCACCUUAGAAGAAAAACUCCCAUCGUCAGAUAUGGUCGAAUCUGACCGGAAUCAUCACCGGAUUGCGCCAAAUCCGUCGGAAUGGAAAUCCGAUAACAUCCUAUAG